AUGCCAGAGGUCACAAUCUGUCUGAAAACAGGAGUGAAAGAAGUUAUCUCUGUGCUGGAGACAGAUUUUCCUGAGGUCGAGUCUGUACAUCCCUUUUCACAGGAGGAUUCUCAGUUCCUAGCCAAGAUAGAAUCAGGAAUCCAUCAACUUCCCGACGGGCAUUACCAGAUGCCCCUCCCAUUUAAAGGGGAUAAGGCACCAACAGUAUCGAACAACAAACCUGCAGCCCCGAGUCGUCUCAAUCAGUUGAAGUCAAAGUUUAGGAGCAACCCUCAGCUGAAGACGAAAUAUGCCGAAUUCAUGGAAAAGAUCAUUGCCGCGGGAGAUGUAGAGGUAAUUGGGGAAACAGAACGUCAAACCGAGAAGGAGGGACAUUUGUGGUAUCUUUCUCACUUUGCUGUGUUUGGUCCCAAGUCUGAGAAGAUUCGCGUAUUUGAUUGUCGAGCACAAUAUUUGGGACGAUGUCUGUAUGAUUAUCUACUUCAGGGCCCGGACAUGAUGAAUUCACUGGUAGGGGUGCUAUGCAGAUUUCGUCACGAACCCGUGGCUGUAACGUGUGACGUCGCUCGUAUGUUUCAUCAGUUCCGGGUAAAUAGAGAGGAUCGGGACUACCUUAGGUUCCUGUGGUGGCCAGGAGGGGACGAGUCAAAGCCAACAGUGGAAUAUCGCAGCAGGGUUUUCCUAUUUGGUCUACGUUGUGCUCCAGCAUGCUGUGCUUUCGGUCUAAAACAGAUUGCCAGUGACUUUAAGCCUAAGUAUGGAGAGGAGGCGGCAGAUUUCAUCAUGCGGCAGUUUUAUGUUGACGACGGAUUGGGGUCAAAACCAACCAUAGAGGGAGCUCUAUCACUGAUCAAAUCAGCCCAGGAGGCCUGCGGGGAAGGCGGACUACACCUCCCCAAGAUAGCGUCGAACUGCAGAGAGGUGUUGGAGAGUAUUCCAGAGGAGGACCGUCUGCCUAGUCUGAGAGAAAGCGAGCUGCCUAUGAACAAGGGGGAGCUCAGUUACCCCCUGGAGCGUGUGUUGGGAAUACAGUGGUGCAUCGAAAAUGACACUCUGACAUUUAGAAUCGUCCUAAAGGAUCGACCAUUGACACGCCGCGGAAUCCUGUCGACAAUUGGAUCUAUUUACGACCCCCUAGGAAUGGCUGCACCUGUCCUGUUAGUGGGAAAAAUGAUCUUGCAGGAGUUAUGCAGAGAAAAUGCAGACUGGGACACACCUCUGUCAGAAAAUCUCAGGAUGGACUGGGAAAAGUGGAGGAGUGAAUUGCCACACUUGGAGCAGCUGUCAACACCGAGAUGUUAUAAGCCAGGUGGAUUUGGGGAAGUGGCAUCAGCAUCUCUACACCACUUCUCUGAUGCGAGCAGCAGGGCCUAUGGACAAUGUUCGUACGUCCGUCUUGUGAGCAGGCAAGGCGACGUACACUGCAGUUUCAUCAUGGGGAAGGCUCGAGUUACUCCUUUGAAACCACUCACCAUACCUCGCCUGGAGCUAACUGCGGCCUUGACAUCUGUCAGGAUAAGCACUAUGCUGACAAGGGAGCUUGAUUACAAGAUUGCUGAGCAGACAUUUUGGACCGAUAGCAAGGUGGUCAUGGGUUACAUCGCAAAUGAGGAGCGCCGGUAUCACGUCUUCGUCGCAAACAGAGUGCAGGAAAUCCGAAAAGAGACUGAGCCGAGUCAGUGGCGCCAUGUAGCGAGUGAAGAGAACGUCGCUGAUGAAGCCUCACGUGGACUGAACCCAGAGCAACUUGCAAGUGGUACUGCUAGAUGGCUUAGGGGACCUGAUUUCUUAUGGGAGAGGGAGCUUCCCAAGGCUGGGCAUCAGGAGGUUGAAGAGAUUGAGGAUGAUCCAGAGGUUAAGAGGGAAAUCACAGGAACUGUUUUGGCAGUGAAUGUCAAGGCAGCAAACAUGUACCCAUCUCUGCUCGAGAGACUGAGCAGCUUCUCCUCAUGGGAGGCAGCAAAGACAGCCAUUGCCAUAUGUCUCAGAUAUAGGGACCGUCUCUUGGGAAAACAAGACGCAACCAUUAAGCAGCGCCCCCUGGCAGCGGAAGAUAUGCAGCGUGCUGAGAGAGAGAUUCUCAACGCAGUUCAGCUCGAGGCAUUUGCCGAAGAAAUAGGCAUCAUAAAGGAUUUGGAAGGCCGGGAUGGCACUGGGGGAGAGAAUGUCAAGGUCAUCAAAGCCAGCUCGCCUCUGUACAAGUUGGACCCCUUCAUCGACCGGAAAAGGAAUCCUCAGAGUAGGAAGACGGACACAGAAAGCAGAAUAUGA